AUGUAUGACACAGACAUAGCAUGGGUUGAUACCUUCACAUAUAUACUUAAAAUGGGGACCUAAGCGCACCCGACUUUAUGUUCAAAGCGAAUUGGGCGAGAAAAUAGUUGAGAUAUAGUCCAACAAGAGAUUAUGUAUAUCUAGGUGAGGUUUGACUUGGUACCUGUGGUUGAAAGAGCUAGCCUGGCAACGUCCUUCGAGACUUAAAGGUUGAUGUCACUGCGAUAUCAGGGGUUUCGGCUUAGGCCACAGAUGUCAUGCCUUUUCUCUGUAGCUGAUGAGUGAAGACACCAGGCAAUCGUUAGACUCCAGGUUUUAUUCUCUGGAUAAAGCUACUUCCCAGAGCUCAUGGCAGGGCGCAGAAAUUUAUAAUCCGCCACUCAGGACAGGAGUAGCCGGUGCAUCUCUCCAGCUGCAAGGAGAAGCUUAAAGGAACCCUGAAUCUAACAUCAGUAGCUAAAGGAGGUGAAGAUGGUGUAUCACGACUUGCUGGCGAAUCGUUGAGCCGAGCAUAGGGACAUUUCCAAGGCGGCAAGCGGAUGAAUCUCUACAAGGAUCCUUGGUGACUGCGUUAAAACUAAGGCAAGGCCUAUCAGUUUAAUUUAAGAUUAAAGAUACCUUCAGCAUUAUUUUAGCUGCCUGCUUUACAGCUGGGCUUGCUGAAACUAUUAGUUGGUUUUUAAUUUAUAGGACAGAUGAUUACAAAUCGCUUAAACCUCCUUACUCCCCCAUCUUUGAUCGAACGGAUAGAAAGAUUGAGGUAAAAAAUUCUUGAAAAAUUAAAAUUUCCCAUACAAAAAAUUUUAUGCGCUAGUGAUAAGAGAUUAAGGAUACACUAUAUAAAAUAAUAGCUAGAUAUCAAUAAUUGCUUAAAAGCGAUUAUACUGUAUAAUCUCUAAGACUCAUUAUUAUCAAAAAUAAAUAGUUAGAUUGUGGGCUGGGAGAGAGUUUCAUAACCCCUAUGAAAUCGCAAAACAUAGGGAUAAUCUUUAUCAUUUUUAGGAAAUUUAAAUACGAUCGAUAAGGAUUAGGGAGUUAAACAAAAAAAUAAUUUAUUAUCAGCAGUAAUUUAGCAUACAAAUAGAUUAAUACUUAAUUAUCUUUAUUUUAUUUUUAAAGAUGGAUUAAGAAAAACAUUGAAUCACUCUCAAAACAAGUAGAAAAAGAAAGAGAGAAAAUUGUGGUCGCAUCAAAGCAAAAAGCCCAGGAAAAGAAAGUGACUAAGUCAGAAUCCAUGCUAAAGAACAUGAACCAACAGUUAAGCUCAUCUAAAAUGAAGUCGACCAUGAUUGUGGCUUUAUUUAUGAUUGCAUUCAUUUCAACAUUGAGCAGCACUUACCAAGGAGUUGUGGUGGCAAAGCUGCCUUUUGUGCCUUUUUCACUACUUCAGUCAAUGACACACAGAAAUUUGCCAGGAAUUGACAUGACAGAUUGCUCAAUGAUUUUUAUUUAUGUGCUAACCUCAUAUUUGGUCAGGACAAACAUUCAGAAGUAUUUCGGAUUUUCACCAAGAACUCCAUUUAGUAUGUGGGAUCAGCCUGGUGCUCCUAAAUAUUAAUAUACUUAAAUUCUUUGUUUGGUUACUGUAUAAGAUUUAUAUGAAUCUAAAGCUAUUUAUAUAUGCAUUUCGAGAUAUCAAUUAUUUUAAGCCAAAAAAAUAAGUUUUUAUGAUUAAUCAGAAAGAAAUUCAUUUUAUAGCAAUAGACAAUUUAUCGUAAAAAUGAA